AUGCAUAUUUCUAACGUAGGCGUUGUGGUAUGUGGUGUUUUAACGGAGGGAUUGCUUAGUGAGAAGGAUGAUGUACAAAUUGGGCCAUUCAAAGACGGCUCAUAUCAUGCCAGCUCUGUUCGAAGCAUACGCAGAAACAAGCAGCCAGUGCGCUCCAUACGUCCCGGUGAAGCAGCUUCUGUGGCACUGGUACUUGAUAAAAAAAGUGAAGAAUCUAUACGACGCGGGAUGGUGUUAUUGGAUGCGAAAGAGGCAGGGACAGCAUGCUGGCGAUUCGCUGCUCGGCUUUGUUUGUUGUGUCAUCCUGCGAGUGAACUGGGCGUCAACUUCCAAGGGACAGUUUAUAUCGGUUCGGUAUGUCAGACGGUGCAAGUAGUGGAUUUGGAUGAGCAACCGGAAGUGCCAUGCCGCUGGGUUACUGUUCAGUUCAGAUUCCUUAUCUCUCCGGAGUAUGUACGCACUGGGACGCCACUGAUUUUUCGCCAAAGCAAAACAAAAGGUAUUGGCGAAGUAAUGCAAAUAUUCACUACUGAUCUCAAAACUCAGGAAGUUGACGUUGUUUGA